AUGUGGUCUUCCCUUGAUGGAAUAACAGCCCUGCUAGCAUGCCAGAUUAUCGCUGGGAAUGCCUUCGCCAACAGCUAUUUGUCUCUCGAUAAGGCGGGUCAACAGCAAGAGUACUACUUCAUCGUUCAAGGCUCAGUGCUUUAUCCUAUCGUCCCUAGCUUUCAAGAUUGGGAGUUCCUCCACGGCCGCAUCCCCGAUUGGUGGCCUUCUACCAACGCCGACCUUAUUACCACCUUGACCUGCGGUAUUACCAACGCUGGGUAUGCCGUCGAAGAAGCCUAUCUUGUGCCAAAGGAGGAGAAACGUUGGUAUCAGGAGAAUGUAAUGCGAACCUAUGGGACGGGUGAUAUCAACAACCAAGGCAAUCUUCUUCCCAUGAGGAAGGAUUUACACUACUACCCGUUUAACGCCCGGUGGUUUAUUAUUAUUCCAAAGGUUCCUACAUGUCACAAUACCCUCGUCGAGUCCCUCCAUUUUAAGUCUCGCGCUUACCUUUUUGCCCGUUUCGCUUGGGCUAUCCUUUUCCGGGCCAACCUCUUCGUCAUCGCAGGCCAAGAUCGUCAAAUCAUCCAAGUCUCUAGAGAUAAAUCUAGCAAUGUAGAGUACAAGACAAAGUAUUGUACUGGGGAAGAUCUUGAGAACGCAUACGGCGGUGGAGGAUCAAAAACGGCAACCCCGCUACAUCCGAGGAAGAACAGGUCCGGACAAGGCAGUGCAAAAGAAAGCGAAGACAGCUUUACAGAGUCAUCUGGGGACAGCGAUACUAAUAUGGACGACAUGGACUGGAGAGAAAGGGGAAGACAUAGAAGACAGGAGUCCUCAGAGGAGACUGCCCCUGAUAUCAUACCACGACAGAAGUCAUCGGAGGAAACCGCCCCCAAUACCAAGGUACACCUGGAACCAGCUCUCGAGGUGGAGCUCAGGACAGCUUUACGCCAGAUCAUACCGCAGCAGGGUGUAGCCUCGGAAGACUAG